AUGGCCGACGAUCACCACCAUACCAACCCGGAUCACUUGCUCACGGAGCCCGCUGAACUCGCAGACAAUAGCCAGAACAAGGAGACGAACCCCGGAAACAUGUCGUUGGGCGCUCAAACUGGCGACGAAAUAGCAUCCCCUCCAAAUGGCGGAGGAGGAACAGGAGGGGGGGGUUACGCCGUGACCACAGCAGCGGCACCUCCGACAGCACCCGCGCAGGUUGAUCCUAACGCGAAGGCUGUUUAUGAUGUGGUUAAUUCAGAGAUUGGAGUCUCUACGCUGCUUAACCGGUUGAAGCAAAGCAUCGCAUCAGCAAAGGAAUUUGCCUUGUUCCUGAAGAAGCGGUCUACGCUCGAGGAAGAGCAUUCAAACGGCCUCCGCAAGCUCUGCCGCGUAACCUCCGAGAGCAUCCGCCGUCCGGAUCAUCGCCAUGGCUCGUUUCUGCAGUCCUAUGACCAGAUCACCGCGAUCCACGAGCGCAUGGCUGAUAAUGGCGCGCAGUUCGCCAUAUCCUUACACCAAAUGCACGAAGAUCUGCUGGAUGUAGCAGCCAAUAUCGAGCGGGGUCGGAAGCACUGGAAGACAACCGGAUUAUCUGCUGAGCAGCGGGUUGCGGAUACGGAGGCUGCGAUGCGGAAGUCCAAGGCGAAAUAUGAUUCUCUGGCUGAGGAUUAUGAUCGUGUGAGGACGGGGGAUAGGCAGUCUGGGAAGAUCUUUGGUAUUAAGGGCCCGAAAUCCGCGCAGCAGCAUGAGGAGGAUCUGCUGAGGAAGGUUCAGGCUGCGGAUGCGGAUUACGCUUCGAAGGUGCAGAAUGCGCAGGCUCAGAGACAGGAGUUGUUGUCGAAGUUGAGACCGGAGGCUGUGAAGUCAUUGGAUGAGUUGAUUAAGGAGUGUGAUUCUGGGUUGACGUUGCAGAUGCAGAAAUUUGCCUCUUUCAACGAGAAGCUCCUUUUGAGCAAUGGCCUGAAUGUCAGUCCGCUUAAAGGAAGUGAACAAGGAAGCCAGCCCCGAAGCCUCCGCGAGGUCGUGUACGCCAUCGACAAUGAGAAGGAUCUCAGCGGUUACAUUAGCAGUUUUGCAAGCAAAGUCGCCCCGAGAAUUGCGGAUAUCAAGUAUGAGCGGAAUCAUGUCUUGAAUGCAAGCCAGCCCACUGCAUCUCUGCCCCAACGCCAAUCAGAUCCCCCAUCGUCCUUUGCGUCCCGACAAGGCCCUCCACAGUUGUCUGGCGGCCCGCCACCUACCCAUCAAGCCCACCAAAGCCAGCAAUUCAGUCAAGGACCCCCACCUGCUUCAAACAUGCAUGAGAGGAGCUUUAGCCAGGGACCAGCAAUGCCACAGUACGGUUCAAUGGGAGCGCCCAACCGAGGCCCUGCACCCAUUUCAACCUUCAAUUCUAGCUCCAUCAGCUCAGGUGGCCCGCCACAAAUCAAUACUCUUCCUUUCCAGACUUCUCACAGUCCUCCGCCCUCUUUCCCACAACAACAGCAACAACCACCCCCAAACACCUACUCACAGCCUCCCAUUAACGCGAACGGCGGCGGUAAUCUACCUCCCCUGAAACCCGUAUUCGGCCUCAGUCUACAGCAACUCUUUGAGAGAGAUGGCUCGGCUGUACCGAUGGUGCUCUAUCAAUGCAUACAAGCCGUCGACCUGUUCGGACUCGAGCUCGAGGGCAUCUACCGAAUCUCCGGAACGGCAUCUCAUAUAACCAAACUGCGGGCUAUGUUUGACAACGAUGCGUCAAAAGUGGAUUUCCGCAAUCCGGAAAACUUCAUGCAUGAUGUAAACAGUGUUGCGGGACUGCUCAAGCAAUUCCUCCGCGAUCUUCCUGAUCCGCUCUUGACUUCGGAGCAUUACGAUGGGUUUAUCGAAGCAGCCAAAAACGACGACGAGAUAGUCCGCCGGGACUCCCUGCACGCCAUAAUCAACUCCCUCCCCGACCCAAAUUAUGCCACGCUCCGCGCACUAACACUGCAUCUCAACCGCGUUCAAGAAGCCUCUGCCGCAAACCGGAUGAAUGUAUCGAAUAUCGCCAUCGUGUUCGGCCCUACGCUUAUGGGUGCCAACACUGGUCCGAAUAUUCAGGAUGCUGGAUGGCAGGUGCGGGUCAUUGAUACGAUACUACAGAACACUUACCAGAUUUUCGAUGAUGAUUGA